AGGGACGUCUACUUCCUCUUCCUGCUCCACCAUACGCAGGCUCGAAGUGCCUCGCUGAUGUUAACCAAUAACGAACAGGGCACUAAAGCAGCAGCGAAGGAUACUGUGUCGUCAAUCAAAAAGCUGCCGACUGUCACCUCCCUGAGUCCGGAGCAGCUGAACAGAAUCGCGAAGAAUACGUUGGAGAAAAUGCCUGCUCACAUCGGGAAAAGCUGGCGCCAGGCGCUGAAGGCGGAGUUUGGCAAGCCUUAUUUUAAAGGAUUGAUGGAAUUUGUGUCCGAGGAAAGAAGGGAACACACUAUCUAUCCACCGAUUCCCCAAGUAUUUACAUGGACUCAGAUGUGCGCCAUCGAAGACGUGAAGGUGGUAAUCCUUGGCCAGGACCCGUACCACGGCCCUAACCAGGCCCACGGACUUUGCUUCAGUGUGCAGAAACCUGUCCCACCCCCUCGCAGCUUGGUGAAUAUGUACAAAGAACUAGCGACAGACAUAGAAGGGUUCCAGCACCCUGGACAUGGGGAUCUCACAGGAUGGGCUGAACAAGGUGUCCUGUUGCUCAAUGCUGUGCUGACAGUUCGGGCACAUCAAGCCAACUCUCACAAAGACAAGGGCUGGGAGGCCUUCACAGACGCAGUGGUCCACUGGCUCAAUGGGAACCUGGAUGGUGUGGUCUUCAUGCUCUGGGGCGCGUACGCUCAGAAGAAGGGCAUUGCUAUUGAUAGGAAACGGCACCACGUCCUGCAGACUGUACAUCCAUCACCAUUGUCUGCACAUCGUGGUUUCCUUGGAUGCAAACACUUUUCUAAGGCCAAUGAGAUGCUGAAGAAAUCGGGGAAACAGCCAAUCGAUUGGACGGCACUCUAAGAAAGUUCCAGAAAUUUCCAUAAGCUCUUUUGUUUUUUCCAAGUUAGCUGCAAAAAUUAAAAUUCAAUUAAUCAUAUAGUAUAUACAGCCAUUAAGGCUAGCUUCCUGGUGUGAUUUUGAAAAUGUUACUCAUUCAAUAUCUUUUUUUUUUUCUUUUUAGUUUAAUGUUUUCAAUAUGUAUUCAAUAUUUCCAUUGUUUUUUUGUUUUAAAACUACCUCAGUAUUGCAAACUAUCACAUGGAUCAUACUAUAAAAUGACAUGAUGUUUUUCAUUUGAAAUCUAAACUCAUAAACUCUAGAAUCCCUUGUUUUAUGUUAUGAAUCUCAAGCUGGCAGUACCACCGUGAGUUUCUAGACCGAGAAGCAAGCCAUUUUGUAAAUAUUUCUGUGUUUUAUACCGUUCAAAGCUAUGUUUGUAUUUUGAAUGUUUAAAUAAAUUUACAAUAAAACAA